AUGAGGCUCGAUGUGAAUGGAGGCUUAGCUGAGGAAUAUAAUAUAUGUGGUAGACCACUUGGAUUUGAGAUAGAUGAGACGAAAAAUGUAAUGUAUGUAGCAGAUGCCUACUUAGGAAUUUGGAGAGUUGAUUUGAGAAAUGACAACAAGGAAAUGUUAGUUUCACCACAUAUCCCGAUUAAUGGCAAAACACCAAAACUGUUCAAUUCAGUUGCACUUGAUAAAAACGAUGGCUUAUACUGGACUGACUCAAGUACAGAGUACCAUUUAAAUGAUGGCGUAUUUGCAAGUAUAUCGGAUCCUUCUGGAAGAUUGAUCUACUAUAAUUUUUCAACUAAAGAAAAUAAAGUUUUAAUUGACAACUUAUGGUUUCCUAACGGCAUAAUUAUAUCGCCUGAUCAUAGCUUCAUUGUAAUCGCUGAAACAUUUAAGUAUAGACUGUUGAAAUAUUAUAUAAAUGGACCUAAAGUUGGCACAACCGAAGUAUUUAUAGGUGGACUACCAGGAACUCCAGAUAUUCUACGAGUAUUGCCAGAUGGGUCAGGUUUUCAAGUAGCCUUGUAUUACGCAUUCGAUGGAAAUAAACCCCUUAUAUCAAAAAGAAUCGCGCCUUUACCGCUAAUCAGGAAGGUUAUCAUACGAAUAUUCCGUCUCACGGAAUUACUCUUUGAAUUUCUCAACAGUGUUUUUCCUCACUAUAUAUUUGAAGAAAUCGUUUAUAAAGUGGGGACCUUUGGCAGUGCAGGCAUGUUUUCUCCGGGUGUAUCAGGUAUUAUUUUGGCAGAUUGGAGCGGAAAUAUAUUUGCAGCAUAUUAUAACUCUGAUGGCAGUGUUAGCCAUAUAAGUGAUGCUAUUGUGUACAAUGAUACUUUACUAAUUGGUAGUCCUUCUGCGCAAUAUAUAGGUGCUGUCCCUGCUCCAGAUCUUCUUAAAAAAGCUUACUUGUCGAAAGAUGUAAAUAUUUCAGAAAAAGAAAGCAAGACCAACGAAUAAUAUGCUUGUAGUAAAAAAAAUUGUUACAGCCGUUACGUUCCGAAAUGUGUUGUUGUGGGAUAGCUAGCAGCUAGUAGCUAUUUGAAAUUCCUAAGUUUCUAAAGUUAUCCUUCAUUAUAAACUUCAUGUUGACUCUUUGUUUCACUUUCGUAUGUCCCUGCACGCACAACUUCGCUUCAAAUUUAGUCUCUAAACGCGGAGGGGAAAAGUAAUCGGGAAGAUCCGUAUUCCAAAAGACGUCUUAAGACGUAAUCUGUGAUCAAGUGUAUACCUAAACAAGCAAGUGGCCUACCUGAUGGAAAGUAAAAAACCAGUUACCUGUGGGCAUGUGCAAUACCUGACGUCAAGAGUGCAUUGAAGAUCUUUGAGAUAGGGGUAUACUAUAGACUAGAGCAUAUAUAUACUUGAAGUUAUGAAGAUAGCAACAAAACAAUGGAUUUUUAUCAAAUUUUAAAGUAACCAUCCAUCAUCAUCAUGCAAUAUUUAGGAUUAAAUAUAAAAUUACAUACAUGAGAAUUUUAUAUUUUAUAUAAAUACAACAUAACGUUAGUAGAUACUCAAUAUGUAAAAAACAAAAUAUUACAACUUAAAUUCCUUAAAAAAAAUUAAAAAAAAAAAUGGGUACAUACAAAAAAUAGGGUGUUGUCAUUUCAAUAUUUAUACGGAUUAAGGGAGACCGUAUCUGGCUAACACUAUGAUUUGAUACUUAGUACUUACCUAGUUCAAGGUUACUAAAAUUAUACGCUUUGAAAUAAGUACUUUAAACUUCCUAUGGAUGUUUUUUUUUGUAACUGAACUAUUUUGUCCUUUAAGUAUACAGGGUGUCCCAAAGGUAUGGGACAUGAAGGGAAAGUACCUUAAAUAUCGAAGAUAGGCUAUUUUACUGAAAGAAGACUAUGUUACUUUUAAGUUAGUAAUUCUGCAUUCAAAGAUUUUCUAAAAAUUAAUUGCCUCGUCUGGGAAUCGAACUGACUUAAAUGUGAAAAUAAAGACCCCUACUUUUAUGAUGCCAAUCGAAAGAAUGGCCAAACUAAUAACUCUUAUUAAAAUACUAUGUUACAUGUCCCAUAACUUUGGGACAUCCUGUAUAUUUGCGUAAUACAAUAUGAAUUAAAUAAGACUUAUAGGUGUGUAAUAUUUUACAUGUAGUGUUAUGUGUAAUAGAGCAUAUUAAUUAUACUAUUGUUACUUAUAGUAAAUGUCGUUUUUAUAUUAUGUCUUUUUGUAAAUAAUGCUUUACUUUAAAUAUAUUUUAUAAAAUUAGGUAGUGUGGUUAGAAAAUUACCUCCUUUGUAAGCUAUGUUCUUUUUACCAUACACAACUAAUUAUUGGCGGACACGGUCGCAUAAAUCAUAUAAUUCUAGUUUCUUUUUAUUUGUGAAUAUUCUUUAUGUUAAUGUUCUGAAAUUCUGCGCACAUCUUUGGUAUUUUUUUAUAAGAAUAGGUGUGGAAUAAUUGUAUAUUUGUAUUACGUCCAUCCUUUUAUUUU